CUUUGCUCCCUGCUCUACGUCUAGGCAAAACAGGCAGAAAUCUAUCCUAGGACCUUUCUAAUCCCUUCUCUUUUGAGUUUUUUUGUUGCCUUCUUCACCAUUUUCAUUACCUACACCUCUAAAGACCGUCCCAGACGCAGGUUCUCCCUAGGGGCUUUUUUGGUCCAAUAUUUUCUUGAAAGUCUAGGAUUUCGUUUUGAUUAAAAACGAUGUCGUUUUUGUCCUGUUUAAUGAGAAGUUUGCCGACGAAAUUGUUGAAUAAUUCUCCAGCAUCGUCGACAACCCAGCAACUAUUGAAAUUUCGAAGUUUUGCAAGUCGUGUUUCAAGCAUGGAGAAGGAAUCACUCGACACAGAAUCAGAUUCGGACAACGAAUGGAAUCCAAGGGAGCUAAAAGGAAAAUCUGAAUUUUGGAGGCGAAAAAUGCGUACAUUUCAUAGCAUUCUUGAUAUAAAUAAGGAUGGAGUGAUUUCAUUUGAUGACUUUAGAAUACUAGUCGACAGGUUUGUAUAUUUAGGUCAUUUAAAUCCUCUUCACCAGAAAGAAUUCAACGAAGUUGUUCAGUCAAUGUGGGAAGAACGUUGGGGAACAAUUAGUCCUUACAAUUUAGUUACAACAGAGCAAUAUUUAGAAGAUAUGUAUCACAUUGUUAAUGACAAACAGCUAAGGAAAAAAGUUCACAAUUUUCUUCCAUACUUAUUCAAGGCAGUUGAUAAGGAUAAAAGUGGGUACAUAACUGCCGAAGAAUUCAAAUUGUUUUUUAACUGUCUCGGACUUCCUCGUGAUGUGGCUAUAGUAUCGUUCACAGCAGUAGAUCAAAAUCUGGAUGGACGUGUCUCAUUGAAAGAGUUCGUUAAAACUGGGCGUGAUUUCUUUUUAACAGAGGAUCAAAGAAGCCCAAGUAAGUUAUUCUGGGGACCUCUUGUUAAAUAAUAUGACUAUUUUUUAAAUAUAAUAAAUAAUACAAUUAUGUAUAAUUUCAGUUUAUUUUAAUAUGUUAGUUUUUGACCAAUUUACAAACAGUAAAUUUUCCAUUAAUAAUUUAUUUACAUUAUUCCUAUGGUUGUUUCUAAUAGAAUGGUGUUAUGAUAUUGAUGUUUUACUUUAUUAUAGUGUAUUGAUAUUAUUUAAAAAAAUGGAAACAACUAGCUGUCUAUAUUUUUUUAUUUUAUGAUAUAUUAAAAUUGUUGGUUUACAAAGGGCACAAAGUUUAUACUUGAAUUCCACUGAAAUAAAUUUGGUUUUGGCAUUUUGUA